CUGAUGGAUCUAUGGGCGGAGCCUAUGGCAGUGACGGAGCAGCAGCCGGUGAGAGACAUGCAUCAGCAGCACUGAGCCGCCUCAGCCCUGGUGACGCAGGAGAAGGGCGGGGCCGACACUCAUUCCCUGACGGAUCCGGCUCCCGGGCUGCUGCAGGCGGAUUGCACGGGGAUCCUCCGUACCGGGCCGUGAACGGGCGGAGCUUACAGCUUGGGCCGGCACCGGGAUGGGGAACACCGACACCAAGCUAAACUUCAGGAAAGCAGUCAUUCAGCUGACCACAAAAACACAGCCAGUGGAAGCUACAGAUGAUGCCUUCUGGGACCAGUUUUGGUCAGAUUCGGCCACCUCUGUGCAGGAUGUCUUUGCUCUGAUCCCAGCUGCUGAGAUUCGUGCGGUUCGAGAGGAGUCCCCAUCAAAUCUGGCCACACUCUGUUAUAAGGCUGUAGAAAAAUUGGUAGCUGGUGCAGACAGUGGAUGUCACUCGGACACAGAAAAGCAAAUAGUGUUAAAUUGUGCUCGGUUGCUGACUCGUGUGCUGCCAUAUAUCUUUGAAGACCCAGAUUGGAGAGGAUUCUUCUGGUCGUCUGUGCCUGGGGCAGCACGGAACCAGGAGGAAGAUGAGGAGGAGGAUGGGUCUCGUCCACUUGCAGAAUCUCUGCUCCUGGCCAUUGCUGACCUGCUUUUCUGUCCAGAGUUUACAGUACAAAGUCAUAAGAGAACUGGAACGGAUGCAGCAGAAGACAUUCACACCCUUGACAGCUGUGAGUACAUCUGGGAAGCUGGUGUUGGCUUCGCUCAUUCUCCAACCCCCAACCACACACAUGACUUUAACAGAACAGAACUUCUAAAACUGCUACUGACCUGUUUCUCGGAGGCCAUGUACCUUCCACCUUCAUCGGAGAGCAGCGGCAUAGCCAACCCUUGGGUACAGUUUUUCUGCUCCACAGAAAAUAGACAUGCUCUACCCCUCUUCACUUCACUCUUGAACAUAGUGUGUGCAUACGACCCUGUUGGUUAUGGAAUUCCUUACAACCACCUGCUCUUCUGGGAUUCACGUGAGCCAUUGGUUGAGGUCUCAGCCCAGCUCCUUAUUGUCACUUUGGACUCUGAUUCUACUAUCACCUCUGGUCCCAGCAUGGAUGGAACUACUACCAGCACUGCCAUGGAUGAGGGUGAGAGCCCAGCCCCAGACAAUCUCUUUGUGAAUUAUCUGUCACGGAUCCACAGGGAAGAGGAUUUCCAGUUCAUUUUGAAGGGCCUGGCACGCCUUCUCCUAAACCCACUCACACAGACCUACCUGCCAAAUUCCACCAAGAAAAUUCAAUUCCACCAAGAACUGCUAGUGCUAUUCUGGAAGCUGUGUGACUUUAACAAGAAGUUCCUGUUCUUUGUUCUGAAGAGCAGCGAUGUCCUGGAUGUACUGGUCCCAAUUCUGUACUUUCUGAACGAUGCACGAGCAGAUCAGUCUCGUGUUGGUCUGAUGCAUAUUGGGGUGUUCAUUCUUUUGCUGCUAAGUGGGGAGCGGAAUUUUGGCGUUCGUUUGAACAAACCAUAUUCUGUGCGAGUCCCGAUGGAUAUCCCAGUUUUUACAGGAACACAUGCAGACUUGCUUAUUGUGGUUUUUCACAAGAUCAUCACCAGUGGACACCAGCGUUUACAACCCUUGUAUGACUGUCUGCUUACCAUCGUAGUGAAUGUAUCCCCAUACUUGAAGUCCCUCUCUAUGGUGGCAUCUAACAAGCUACUGCACUUGCUUGAAGCUUUCUCCAGCCCCUGGUUCCUCUUCUCCUCCCCACAAAAUCAUCAUCUUGUUUUCUUCCUGCUUGAAGUGUUCAACAACAUUAUCCAGUAUCAGUUUGAUGGUAACUCAAGUCUAGUUUAUGCUAUUAUACGGAAGCGGAAUGUAUUUCACCAGUUAGCAAACCUCCCUUCAGACCCCCCAUCAAUACAGCGUGCACUGCAGCGAAAAAAGAAACCAGCUGAGCCAAUAUCCCGCACCAACUCUCAAGACGGAGCUUCCAUGGAGGGUUCACGGCCUGCUGCUCCAGCAGAACCAGGCACCCUGAAAACCAGUCUUAUAGCCACACCUGCUAUAGAGAAGCUAACUGAGAAAUCUCAGGUAUCGGAGGAUGGAACUCUUCGAGCUGUGGACCCUGAAGUACCUUUAUCACCCGGAGAGAGCAGUCUGCCCCGUCCCCUGAGUGACACCGAAUCUCAGAGUGGGGAUGCUGCACAAAGCAGGCAGACCAGACGUCAGUCGAGCACCUCAUCUCAUUGGAACCCAUCUACAGACUGGGUCAUGUCCUGGAAGGUGAAACUGCCACUUCAGACAAUCAUGCGGCUGCUGCAGGUCCUGGUGCCGCAGGUGGAGAAGAUCUGCAUUGACAAGGGACUGACAGAUGAGUCUGAAAUUUUGAAGUUCCUACAGCAUGGUACCUUGGUGGGAUUACUGCCUGUUCCUCACCCUAUACUGAUCCGAAAAUACCAGGCCAAUGCCGGCACUGCUAUGUGGUUCCGUACAUAUAUGUGGGGGGUCAUCUACUUGAGGAAUAUGGACCCUCCUGUUUGGUAUGACACCGAUGUGAAGUUGUUUGAAAUCCAGAGAGUUUAGACAUCACCUCCUGCUCAGUACCUGUUACAUAUGAAGUCUUGUCAUAGAAUUCUCUCUCUCACAAUCAGGCAUUUACACAGAUUAUUGACCACUGCAGUACCAAAUGACGAUUUCCCCGUGGACACAGACAUAUCAUGCCACUUGUAUCAUUGAUCUAGUUUAGUUAAUUUUAUUUUUAUGUUUUACACAUUGAUUUAGAUUAGGGCUGGGCAACUUGUGGCUUUUCAAUGACAAUCCUCCAUGUGCUAUUCCAGCAUGUUUGCAAAUAGUAGCUCAGAAAUAGACCAUGUGGUACCCUGCGCCUGAUUUACACAAUCUUCUCACUGCAUCCGUGUUAAUUAUCUUAUUAAGUAGCACUGUCAUCUCCAUGUUUAUGUGAAAUCAGAUGUAAUCUAUUAAAUUAUAUUAAUAAA